GCAGUUGUUCGGCAUACAAGGUGGUGCAGAGUUGGACUGGCAACGUGGAAGCCGAAAUCCUCGCGACAAACAAGACUCCAGCAGCCGCGUCCACUUCCAGCUUUCCUUCAGCAACUCUCCGGUGUUGCUGCCAGCCUUCAACAAAACCCGCCUUGCGCCGACCAGCUUCUCAAUUCAAGUCGCUCCGAAUAUUUUAAUUGCUAUAUUUUACGAAAAUUCUAAGUCAAGGCCAUUUUAAUUGUCUCCCUUCGUCAUGGCUGCGACCCAGGCUGCUUCCUUCAACGAGAUUAUCAAAGCUAGUCGCCAGAAGAGGAAGAAUGAAGAUCUUGCGAACAAGAUCCUAGGAAAGAACAGGAGAGCCAGUGCGCCCGGCUCGGGGGCUGGAAAAGCGCAGAAUGCGACACCUGGUGGAAGUCUCGCGAGUCGGAUCGGUGUGACAAAGCGCUCCGCAUCUGCAAAUUUCGGGUCGAAGGCCAACAGCAAAGCCCCAUCUGCUGCCGCAGGGCGAAACACAGCAUCAAACGCGAAAUCAACACGUCGACGACGUCCCGCCGAAGAUCGCCUCGUGUCAGCACUCAACCCCGAAAAUGGUCAGGCUACAGUACGCAGCGGUGGUAGAGGGAUCAACAUCAAGGGCGCAAGCGCAGCACCCCCCGUGGUCAUCGGGGGCAAUUUCGCUCCUGGGACCACCGCGGCAGACAUCCAGUCGGCCAUCGAGCCCGUUUCUGGGAAGAUUGUCAGUUGUUGGGUCACUUCGCAAACGCCGACGGUGACCGCUGAAAUCACUUUCGCCGAGAAGUCUUCGGCUGAGAAAGCUGUAGCCAAUUUUCACAACCAAAGGGCCGACGGCAGAGUCCUUUCAUUUCAACUCAGUUCUUCUAACUCGGGCGCAAAAACAACUACGGGAUCUACCUUCGAUAGCCAACGCGAGCAAGCAGAUCGUGCACGACGCUCGCAACGGACGGCGGACCCCGCUGUUCAGGAUGGUAAAUAUGGCUUCAGUGAGCAAAAUAACCAACCAAUGGACUCCAGAAACACUGGCAGGGGCGGACGGAGGGGCAACAGGGGCAGAAGGAACUUGGGCAGAAAUGACCGGAACGGAAACCAAGGAAGCCAGGAAACCGGGCUUUACAGCGAUGAGAUGAUGACGGAUGCGCCUCCUACAGGUCCCAGAAACAGGGGCAACCGACGCCAAUGAUAUCAAUAAUCACCUUUCACAAAACCUGCAGAGCUGGCCCAUCUGGAUGGCCUGGGUGAAUGGGCUCCAGUUGGGUACGAGCUCAUCCCUAUAUAGCCCUACCCCCACUGCUGUCCGAGUAUAACUCGGCAACGGCUCUCGAUUUCAUCGAAUUGCCGGAAACUAUCUACUACUAUAUUAUAUGAUAUGUACGAGUAUUAUAUUCGCGAUAUUAGUCCGAACUACCACGUCAUUUUCUGCGUGGACUUUACUGAACGGAGGGUCCUGGAGUUUAGUUAUUAUGUAUUAUCAAAAUAGUGUAAUAUAAUGGGAGGCGUCUUGAUAGAGUGGA